CGACGCAAGCCGGUGACCAUCCCGGCCGUCAUGUUCAUCUUCGGGGUGGUGGGCAACCUCAUCGCCAUCGUGGUGCUGUGCAAGUCGCGCAAGGAGCAGAAGGAGACCACUUUCUACACGCUGGUGUGCGGCUUGGCCGUGACCGACCUGUUGGGCACCUGCCUGGUGAGCCCGGUGACCAUCGCCACCUACCUGAAGAACGAGUGGCCCGGCGGGCAGCCGCUCUGCGAGUACAGCACCUUCAUCCUGCUCUUCUUCGGGCUGUCCGGGCUGAGCAUCAUCUGCGCCAUGUCGAUCGAGCGCUACCUGGCCAUCAACCAUGCCUACUUCUACAGCCACUACGUGGACAAGAAGCUGGCCGCCCUCACCCUCUUCGCCAUCUACGUCUCCAACGUCCUCUUCUGCGCCCUGCCCAGCAUGGGCCUGGGCAGCACCAAGCUCCAGUACCCGCAGACCUGGUGCUUCAUCGACUGGCGGACCAACGUCUCCACCCACGCCGCCUACUCCUACAUGUACGCCGGCUUCAGCUCCUUCUUGAUCCUGGUCACCGUGGUCUCCAACGUCCUGGUCUGCAUGGCCCUGAUCCGCAUGCACCGCCAGUUCAUGCGCCGCACCUCCCUGGGCACCGACCACACCGCCAGCCGCCUGUCGGACUUUCGACGCCGCCGGAGCUUCCGGCGCAUGGCCGGCGCCGAGAUCCAGAUGGUCAUCUUGCUCAUUGCCACCUCGCUGGUGGUGCUCAUCUGCUCCAUUCCCCUCGUGGUGCGUGUGUUUGUGAACCAGCUGUACCAGCCACCCUUGGUGAAGGACAUUCAGCAGAACCCCGAUCUGCAGGCCAUCCGCAUCGCUUCUGUGAACCCCAUCCUCGACCCAUGGGUGUAUAUUCUCCUCCGCAAAACAGUGCUGAGCAAAGCCAUUGAGAAAGUCAAGUGUCUCUUCUGCCGCAUCGGAGGGGCCCAUCGGCCACACUCGGGGAGUAAUUACAACUGCACAGAUGGGCGCAGGACCUCUGCCUCGGCCAGCCACUCCCCUUCCUUCAUCUCCCGGGAGUUGAGGGAGAUCAGUAGCACCUCACAAACGCUUCUGUACCCCCUGGAGCCGAGCGAAGGGACCGUCGGGGACCGUGCCCUGUUACCGGGUACAAGUGGCAACCCAGCCCGAUUGGACACGACUUCCUUAAGGACACUGAGGAACUCGGACACCUCAGAGUCUUCACAGGGUCAGAACUGUGAGAACGUCUUUUUAGUGAAAGCGCUCAGGCCCCGUGGUGAGGUCAGUCCCAGUCCAAAGGGCAGCUCUCUCCAAGUCACCUUCCCCUGUGAGGCAUUGAACUUGUCAGAGAAGUGUAUAUAAGCGACGGAAAGCAUUUGGACCCACAGUAGCCCUGGGAAGAACUGAUAUGAUGGACAAAUCCAACAUCCGUCUGGUCUGUUGUGACUAAUGUCCUCCCAAGGUCUAUUCAACUUUACACUUUCCCCAGUCCAGUGGGGAUCAUGUACCCAUUGAACUGGAAACGGGCACCUAGUAAGAGACUAUAUGGAAUGCAAAAUGGCAGCCAUCAGGGGUUGAAAGCAAAGAUGCUGAUUUUCUGGCUGCUCCAUCUCUAAUACUGUGCUUGGUGCACCCUCUGUCUUAGGGGAGAGGAGCAGCUGCUGUGUCUUGAAGUAGUGUGUGUGCAUGCGUGUUUUAUUUCUAUGUAAUAAGCACAGUUCUUGGACGAGAUUAUGGGUCCCUCCCUGAUCUUCUGCGGUCGAGUGACCUAGCAGUGCAACAGAUGAAUGUAGUGGUAUCAGAAGCACAGGUUGCAGGCCGGGCUGUGCCGUGCCUUGCAACAUAGGCCUUGGGUUUCAUGGUUACAAAGAGUUGGCCAUUUGAACCCAUCCCACUGUGACUGAAGCAUACUUAUCCCCUGUCCCUUUUCCCUGAGGUUUUAAUGUAAUUGCUCAGAGAGAACUGAUUAAAACUCAGCUGCUGGUAGCUGUGCAAAACUGCUCCAGUUGGUAUGAAAACUGAAAAUUUCUCCUAUGGUGUGUGGGGGGGAAAUGUGAAUUUUUUUUUUUGCCCCUCUGGCUGUAAAUAAGGUGACUGUAUUUAAAAAAAACCCUCUAUUCUUCUCUGUGAGAAGGUGAAUGUUAAUACAAAGUAUAUAGAAAAAUAAUAUUGCCAGCCCUUGUUUGCCUCUUAAUGCCUGCUGAUAGAUAACUUUACAUUAGAUUUAUUUUUCAGAUAUGCGGGUUCAGUGGCCCAGAGUUAAAUUUGUAAAGGAGUGGAGAAAUUUGGUGUUAAAUGGAAACAAUGUUAUGAUACCAGUGAGAAAAAUAAAGUUCUGUUUUCAAAAUAUUCUUUA